CCCUUUGCUCUGUUAAUCCAGUGAACACUCACUACKAUCUGCMUGUAUGCUCUGCUCUACUCUUGAGCUCUGAUGAUCCAACAAAUGAAUGACWGGACACCUCACUCUGAGAAGACACCAAMAUUCUGUCCRGGAUUAUAACACUGCUGUGAACGUCAUCAGAUCAGAGCYCAUUAAUUGUGUGCUGGGGCUCCACUGGACUCAGUUGGGCCAGUUGAGUAUGAGGUCCCAUGCCUGCACCGUGACUUUCCUCCUGCCUGUUGCUCUUUACCUCUGUCUGGCCCCUGUGUGUUGGGCUGUUGCGCUCCCUAGCUCCUGUGGCGUCAUCUACAAGAGCUUUGCUCAGUGUCUCCUCACUCUGGGGGACAGUCUGGGUGACACACAGAAAGAGCAGAGCAAACAGGACAUUGACACAGUCUGCAGAUCAUGGGAUGCGUUCCAUGUGUGUGCGAAUGCGGCACUUGCCGGUUGUCCUGGAGACGCAGCGGCUGUGUGGGAGUCUCUGAGGCAAGAGUCCAGGAAGACACAGUUUUCUGGAAACCUCUAUGACAUGUGUGCCAGCCGCACCACACUGGCACCCAAUACAGUGCCCGUGCCACCCUCCCAGAGGCCACCAACRUCARACCAGACCAAUCAAGAAACUCUWAAAGGGUACACGCAUCACCUUGGACCCGCCUACACCACACUUUUGCUCUCAGCAUGCAUCUCUCUACUGCUCCUGCUCAGGAUGUAGCCCUGGCCUCCCUCAGACUGCUAUAGGUUCUCUACAGGUUGUGUUAACUCUGUUUUUAAAUGUGACAUGUGUAGUGGGGCAAUAUUUGAUACAUGUAUGUAUGCAUAUGUUAUAUAUACCUCACAUGCAACUUGUAAAUAAGACUAAGCAAUAAGCCCAUUAACUGAAUUAUCUGACUUCAUAAGAUAAAUAACAAUAUGCAAAAGAAUAUAGUUAAACCAUGUGCAAUCAAGUAUUAUGCUGACUAAUAUCAAGGAAUUGUCACGAGAAGUGAAUAUCAAAGCAAGUAUUAUUUAAUAACUUUAUGAAAUGAAUGGAUUCACAUACAAGACAUAAAGCUUAAGUUACAAAGCAUUAGCAAGCAUUCUAGGCAUGGUCAGAGAGAGAGACAAAGAAACCAUAGCUUGAGCCAUGGCACAUAGCUCAUGGGAGAGGGAGAAAGUAAGAAAGAAAGACGGAGUAUCUCACCACAGCAGUUCAGGAACAAAAAAUAGAAAGAAUGAAUCUAAGACCUUUUAUAACGUUUCAGUUGUUUGGAUUCAGAAUCUGAGUUGUUGAUCAAUAGCAUUACUGUAGAAUUAACUUCCAAUCAGAUAUCAGACCUACAGACCUGUAAAGACAACAGAACCUCUGCUACCCAGAGGUGUGACAAUGGGGGUUGGUGAGAUCAACACAGAUAAUUCUGAAUUCCUUAGACAACACAGAGGAAUCCUUGCAUACAGUUGAUAAGUCACUUUAGGGGCGGGCCAGCCACUUUCGUGUUUUUAUAUGAGCUAUAAAAGAGUUCACCUGUAAAAUGUAUUUUACUCAGCCACCAGCUGACUAGAUCCCUAUAUUCCCCAAUCAUUGAUUCUUGCAUUGCCUGUGUGGGCACUGGGCAUGGAAUAGCCACCACACACAUUGUGCCUGUGGACUUAUUAUGUAAUGAUUCAUCAUAAUGUAAAAAUGAUAUCAGAAGCUGCACUUCACUUAGAUACAUGUUUGUUUUCAUAGUUUCAUGUGAGGUUGCUCAGAGCAGUUGCUUUAAGGGGUGCAUGCUUUGUUUAAUUCAAUUGUAAGAUGUGAAAUCAGACACACAUCUGAUUAACCCAGACAGUUAGAUUGAAUAAUAAUUCAUGCAUUCAUUUGUAAUAAAAUAUAUUAACAAGAA